AUGCCAAUGCUACCCAGGCUGACGCCCCAGCUGCUACUCCCAAUCCCACCACUACCACUGCAGCAGCAGCAACCAUCAAUACUACUGCAGCAACUUCCACUGCCCUCCAAUGCCCUCAAUGAGAGCGUCAAUGGCAAUGCUGAAUUCUUCAACAUCAAUGAAAUCAGCGCUAAUGAUGGGGAGGAUGGUGCUCCCAUAAUAGUUGCACCUAAUCCAGCCCCUAGCCCACUUCAAACAGGCGAUGGUGCCCUCAAUUCUACUCCAAUCAGUCCCUUGGCCACUGCCCCAACUAAUCCUUUGGCCACCACCCCAACUAAUCCCUUGGCCACCGCCCCAACUAAUCCCUUGGCAACCGCCCCAACCAAUCCCUUUGCCACGACCUUAGUGAAUCCCUUCGCUAUGACUCCAUCCAAUCCUUUGGCCACCCAUGACGGGAAAAGAAAAUGA